UGAGUUUGAGACCCAUUUCAUGUGUAAUGAGGAAGAGAACGCAGCAUUCGACUAACCCAGAGAACCUGAGCUGAGCAUCAUGGCCGCCUCAGCUGUAGUGAUCCAGCAGCAGCAGCCGAUGGUGGUGCCGAGGGUCACGGCCUGGACUUCAGGACUGUGCCACUGCUGCCUGGACAUGAACUCAUGCUGUUUUGCUUUCUGGUGUUUUCCCUGCUUCAUGUGCAGCACCUCGCGUAAGUUCGGCGAGAGUUUGUGCCUCCCUCUCGUGGAUCUGUUUGGCCCCGCGAUCGUGGCGGCUACCGGCGUCGGGGUCUGUAUUCCUCCCGUCACUCUGUCCAUGAGGGUGGCCUUACGGUACAAAUACCAAAUCCCGGGCAGUCUGUGUGAAGACAUCCUGAUCUCCUGUUUCUGCGUCUGUUGCUCGUGGUGUCAGAUGCACCGGGAGAUAAAGCACCGUAAACAGACAGCGGCGGUGAUCAGCGCUCAGCCCGUGGCCUUCAGCACCAUCACCUCCACCGUGCCUAUAGUAUAACACAUGACACACACUGAGGAAAUCACCGCUCAGCUUCCUCCUGAUCUUCUGCCUCAGCUUUUACUAAACAAGCUGUACAGCUACGUAGUCAUGUCUUUCAGUCAGUCUUUCCAUUUUAUAGCAACACAACCAAGUUUAAAAAUCCAAAUCUUCUCUUCAUCUCAGUCAUGAUCAGUGAACAAACUCUGAGCUCAGGUUCCUUCUGAUCUCACACCUAAUGUACCUAAUGUACCUAAUGUACCUAAUGUCACCUUUCUGCUUUAGAGUUGUUGCUGUUGCUGUUGCUUUUUUUUUUUUUUAAUUUGUCAUUUAAGAAGAUUUUUAGUGUUUACUUCAAAAUGGUUCACUUUAACCUGAACAGAACAGUCAAAAUUAGGAUAAUAAAGUGAGUCACGAAAAGAACACAAUUUUAACACAUUUAAAAAUAUAUAUAUAUAUAUAUAUCAGUCUAAUAAAAGAAAGUGGAAAAAGACAAAAAAAAAAAAAAAAUUCCAGUAAUCCACAAUUGAAAUACAUGAACAUGAACAGAAAGUUGGUGUAAAUAAAAUUCUGAAAAAUAACAAGGGAAAAGAAAUCUCAAUCUAAAUAAUUAACUGAAGUAAGUUUCUGAUCUUCAGAAUGAAGCCAGAAGAACAGAAGAAGAACCAUUUUGGUUCCUGAAGAACCAUCUGAUUGAGAACAAUCACAAAUCACAGAGAACAAAAAUGUAUAAGUUAUAAAAUAGAAUUUAAAAAAAAUGUAAACUUCAGCAGUAAAGUAUAGCUUAUGUCAGAGGUUUUGUGUCUCUUUCUCUCCAAAUUAAAUUCAAAAACUUUUUUUUUUUUGCUCUGGCCUAUUCAUAUUUAGCAUUUAUUUUGUUUAUUUUUAUUUUAUUUAUUCACAGAAAUCUCACGAUCGUAAACUGCAUCAUUAACUUUUUUUAAUCAUCAACAAUUUUAAUCUUUUAAUUUUUUAUGCAAAAUCAUUUUAAAAUAUGAUAAAUAAAGAUUAUCGAUUAUUAUUAUUCUGUGUUAUUAGGUGUGUGUUUGUGUCUGUCUCUCUUCCUCCCUGUCUGUCUCUCUGAAGUCCAGGCCAUAUGUAUGGUGAUGAUUAGGCUUUUCCUGGAUCGUUUCCUGGGAUCAUUAAACUUUCCUCUAAUGGGCUUUUUUGCAUAAACGACAGGAAAGCGUGUGAUUAUAGAAAAAGACACACAGUGGUCCUGAUCAGUUCAGUAAACAGGAUGAUGCAAUCAGGAAAAGAUCCAUGAUUAUCUCAUUUCGUCUUCUGUCGUUCAGUAAUGUCCUGAAUGUCACUUCUGUGUGUCUUGCAGAUUUUUCUCUGUUAUUCAGACGCAUAUGAAUACACCGAGCAAUAUCACACUAUCAAAUAAAAAUCAAAUAAAAACCUCAGUAUGAUGAUUUCAAAAUAAAUAU